UCACAUGACUGGAACAUUCUUCCUGAACAGACAUACACAGCAGCGGUAAACUCACUUUAUACCCUUAUAUUUUAUUAUUACCGUAUCAUAUUUAGUGCUUUAUUGACGGCGAUCGACACACACUGAGGAGAUGUUCGUCACACAGUCUUCAUUCACUGCAGGUGUCUGCUUCAGUCUCGUUUGUUUGGUCGUAGCUCAUGCUGUGACAUUCGAGGUGAAGGAAGGAAACUCCACCUGCAUUAUAGCAGAAUUCAAUGCCAACUUCACCAUCACCUACAACACCACCAAUGGAACGAACAGCGCUGUGUUUGUGUUGCCCGCAUCAGCAGUGGUGGGCACAGGAAGUACCUGCGGCGGCAGCGGCGUUCCUCCAGAGCUGGCAGUGUCGUUCGGUGACGGUCACACACUGUCUCUGGAGUUCUCCAGUGAUAAUAGACUGUAUACAGUAGCCAAUCUGAGUGUACAGUACAACCUGAGUGACAGCAGCACCUUCCCACAAUCCACCAGAACAGGACUUGUUUCAGUGAUGACGAACGUGCCUGGCAUGUCAGCGAGGUUGAACUCGACCUACAGAUGUCUGAGUGCUGCAGCAGUCAGUCUGGGCGGAGCGGACGUCACCGUCACCUUCUCUGAUGUUCGGAUAGAGGCGUAUAUGCCUGGAGCAAACCUCAGCACAGACGAAAGCGUUUGCAGUGCCGAUCAGAAGGCUACAACUGUUGCCCCGACACAAACACCCAGAACAACCCCUGCCCCUGUUCCAACGAGCGACCCAGAGCGCGGCAGCUACAACGUCACCAACAACAACGAAACCGCGUGUCUGCUCGCCACAAUGGGACUACAGCUGAACAUCACACACUUUUCAAAAUCACAAAAUAAGACCGUCAGUGAAGUGAUGAAUCUGCAGCCCAACAGAGCAACAGUGUCGGGGUCAUGUGGGGUCACAGUCGCUACACUGACUCUGACAGAAGAUCAGACCAACCUCAGCUUCACUUUCACAAUGAACUCCACCACACAGAAGUUUCAUCUGAGCGCUGUGAACGUGUCUGCUGACUGGCCUGACAUGACAGCUCCAUUCUCCACAGCGAACAGUUCUCUGGAGUAUUUUCAGGGCAGUGUGGGCCGCUCGUACAUGUGCAGUUCUAAGCAGACACUCACUGUGAUGUCCACAUUCUCCAUCAACACAUUCAGACUCCAGCUACAGCCCUUUAAUGUCACUGGAAACCACUUUGCUGCAGCGGAGGAGUGCCGUGUGGACCAGGAGAACAUGUUGAUCCCCAUCAUUGUUGGAGCGGCUCUGGCGGGUCUGGUGCUCAUCGUUCUCAUCGCGUAUCUGAUCGGCAGGAAGAGAACUCAUGCCGGAUACCAGACCAUCUGAAACAUCCACAGCAUCUCGUGUGAUUGGCUGAUUCAGAGCGAGCGACUGGGAUGUUCAUAACCAAACAUCGAUAAGAACUCUUUGAAGAGAUGCUUCAUGUUUGAAACAUAAAUUAUCAGAUGUUUCCUGACAACAACAAAAACGUACAAUGAUGUUUCAUUUGUUAACAAUGAGCAGAAAAUGCUUAUUAAAAGGAUAAAAGAUUCUCUAAAUAUAACCAUAAACUCACUUUAGAGAGAAUAAACAUGGAUGAGUUCAGUCUGAAGAAUUGAAAUCAGUAGAAUUGAGGAAUUGUGUGUCUGAAAUAUUGACUGGAGAUUGAAGUACGUGUAGAGUUUUCAGUUCUACAUUCAGGGUUCCUGAAGUUUAUUGCAAAUAUUAUUUAUUCCUGAUUAACAAUUUAAAUGCUGUUUGAAUUGUUCUGUAGUGAAAAUCUGUAGAAUUGGGUGUAAUCCAGAUUGUGUCAUCUGUCGACAUUUCUUCCCAGGUCACAGUAAACUACACGAUCAGAUCAGCCACAACAUUAAAAGCACCUGUCUAAUAUUGUGAGUUCCCCCUCGUGCCACCAAAACAGCGCC